GAGUCCCAGCCCAGGAGGCCAACCUGCAGCUGGCAGACCUGCCCAGGCCAUCGGCAUCCUCCCCAGUGCCACAUGUGCCUUCUUCCUGCUCCCUGGGGUGUUCUGGGUCAGGGAUGUGUGAGUAUGUGUCUUUUCACACUCACGUACCUGCUAUGCAGGUGGGCAUUUUACACACAAAUGUGGGAAAGGUUGCCAUCAAACUUUACGGUUUGGUUUCCCUCAAGUGGAUGAAGGCUCCCUGCCUUCUCAGGUUUGUCUCUCAUGCGCCCCCGUGGUCAGGCCAGCGGCACCCCAGCUUUGGAGCUGAGAAGGCCGCAGCUUUGGGAGGCCCAGCGGCCUACUGACAUCUGGCCUGGCGGGUCACAGUGGGCCUCAUGUGGACGCAGUGUCCCUGCCGUGCUGGGUGCCGGGCUGGAGGCAGACAGCGCCUGCCGCAGGCUCCAGAGCCGCCGUGUUCCGUUUCAGGGCUCUCUUUACCUACGAAGGCAACAGCAAUGACAUCCGUGUGGCCGGCACUGGCGAGGGGGGCCUGGAGGAGAUGGUGGAGGAGCUCAACAGCGGGAAGGUGAUGUACGCUUUCUGCAGGGUGAAGGACCCCAACUCUGGCCUGCCCAAGUUUGUCCUCAUCAACUGGACGGGCGAGGGCGUGAAUGACGUGCGGAAGGGAGCGUGUGCCAGCCACGUCAGCACCAUGGCCGGCUUCCUGAAGGGGGCCCACGUCACCAUCAACGCAAGGGCUGAGGAGGACGUGGAGCCCGAGUGCAUCAUGCAGAAGGUGGCCAGGGCCUCUGGCGCCAACUAUACCUUCCACAGGGAGAGCGGCCGCUUCCAGGACACAGGCCCCCAGGCCCCAGUGGGCUCUGUGUACCAGAAGACCAAUGCGGUGUCUGAGAUCAAGAGGGUCGGCAAAGACAGCUUCUGGGCCAAAGCGGAGAAGGAGGAGGAGAACCGCAGGCUGGAGGAGAAGCGGCGGGCGGAGCAGGAGCGCCAGCGGCUGGAGGAGGAGCGCCGGGAGCGGGAGCUGCGCGAGGCUGCCCGCCGGGAGCAGCGCUACCAGGAGCAGAGCGCCGGCGGCGAGGCCAGCCUGCAGAGCUCUUCCUCCUCCCCUCUUGGCAGGAAGUGUGAGCAGCAGGACGUGGCUCUGAGGAACAGAGAGGAGCAGGAGCCCGUCUGCCAGCAGUCAGCACACCCAAGGGAGGUUUUCAGGCAGAAGGAGAGAGCCACGUCCACCACACUCGUCUCCAGCUGCCAGCCAGGCAAACUGAAGAGCCCCUUCCUGCAGAAGCAGCUCACCCAGCCUGAGCUCCCCCUCGGCGGAGAACUGCACGCCACCUCAAGGCCCCGGGCAGGUCUCCAUGAGCAGUCAGCAGCCAGCGCCCCAACCUGUCCAGCACAAGCUGGAGAGGAGGCUGUGUAUGAGGAGCCCCCAGUGCAGGACGCCCUCUAUGAGGAGCCCCCUAUGGUGCAGCCGCAGGACGCUGGCGCUGAGCAUGUGGAUAGCUACCCGGAGCUGAGUGGGAAGGGGCUGUGUGCCCGGGCGCUGUACGACUACCAGGCAGCUGACGAGACCGAGAUCUCCUUUGACCCCGAGAACCUCAUCACGGGCAUCGAGGUGAUUGACGAGGGCUGGUGGCGUGGCUACGGGCCGGACGGCCGCUUCGGCAUGUUCCCUGCCAACUACGUGGAGCUGAUGCAGUGAGGGCCCCGCGCUGCUGGCGGAGGCUCAGGGCCACCCUUCCCUCCCCCCACACGUGUCUUGCUGGAAGUGGGGUGAGAGUUGCACACAGCGCUCUUCCAGGAGUGGGACCCCGGGGAGAACAGGCCCUUGGGCUCCCUCUGGCUCAAGUAGCUUGGCCUCUAUCACCCCAAAUGCAGCAAUAACCCAGUGAUUCCUACACAUGCUUCCGGCAGCCUCCCAGGCCUCCAGUCAGUACAGCUCUUGACCCCAAUAAAGGACAUUGAGUCAGGCCUCACCCAUGCCAGCCCCUGGGGAUGUCUGAGCAGUGGCAUCUGGUGGCA